UGACCCGGGUGACACAGGACUUAAGUCGAACCGGGGUUCCAGUAAAAAAAAUAUAUUACGACGGGAUCCAGUCAAACUGUGCACUAAACAAAUAAUUUACUGCAACAUCGGAGAUGUGAUUGGGAAAGUCCAAAGUCUUGCGGUAGUGGCCGGUGAGAUUUUCUUUUUGGUAUCGAUAUUUUGAGGACCUCAACAGGUAAAAGAAGAUAUAUAGACGCAAAAUGGGCUGUCUUACUCCUUUUACGAAGGAAAACGCGCCACUCAUUUGCUAGUCAGUCAGCGCCUCUCUUUUAAUCUUACCCUUCCUUAAUAGGGUUUACUCGGUUUCUCAGAUGGGUUCGGAUUCUCGCUACACUGAAUUCCCUGGCUCUAACAAAUUUGAGGAUGAGAUCGUGUUUCCGGUUUCGAAUCAGUAUCAAAAUGUUACUAAUGGAUUCAAAAUUGAAGAUUUAGACCUCGACCAUUUAGAAAAUCCACUUGUUUUGCCUGACCCCGAUCCGGGUAACUCUGCUUUGUCAUCGAUCACGAGCAUGGAUGGAGAUUCUCCUUCUGAUGAUAACGACUCGGAGAAUCUCCUCAAAUACAUAAGCCAGAUGCUUAUGGAAGAGAACAUGGAAGAGAAGCCCUGUAUGUUUCAUGACCCGUUGGCUCUUCAAGCUGCUGAGAGAUCACUUUAUGAUAUUCUUGGUGAGAAGACCCUGCCCUCCUCACCCCAUGAAUCUCCUUCUUAUGGUGAUCAAUUUUUGGUUGAUAGCCCAGAUGAUAAUUUUUGGAGUAGCCGCAGUGAUUAUAGUAGCAAUAGUAGUUCUACUUCCAAUACUGCUAGUUUGGUUGAUCCUCAAUGGAAUGGUGAGUCUGGGGAAUCCAAACCAUCGUUUAUGCAAAUGCCUCUUUCUACUAAUUUUGUUUUCCAGUCUGCUGCAAAUCCCAGUUCACAAUCAUCAUUCAAAUUACACAAUGGGUUAGCAAGUAAUAGUGAUAGUGCCAUAAAGCCCUCUGUGGGUAACAUUGUGGUACAAAAUAUUUUCAGUGACAGUGAUUUGGCAUUACAGUUCAAGAGAGGUGUAGAGGAAGCUAGUAAGUUCCUUCCUAAGGGUAAUCCACUGGUUAUUGAUUUAGAGAACAGUUCAUUGGCACCAGAGAUGAACAGAAAUGCCCCAAAUGUGGUAGUGAAGGCUGAGAAGGAAGACAAGGAAGACAAGGAGUAUUUGCCUGAAUGGUUGACAGGAAAGAAGAAUCAUGAGCGGGAGGAUGGAGAUUUUGAGGAAGAAAGAAGUAACAAGCAGAGUGCAGUUUAUGUAGAUGAGAGCGAACUGUCAGAGAUGUUUGAUAUGCUAUUAGGAUUUGGGGAUGGAUGCCAGCCUCCUCAGUGUAUACUUCAUGAGGCUGAACAACGUGAGUCAGGCAAGACUUUGCAGCAGAAUGGGCAAACAAGGGGAACUAAUGGUAGCAAGACUAGGGCUAAGAGACAAGGAAAUAACAAGGAAGUUGUUGAUUUGAGGACUUUUCUAAUUCUUUGUGCGCAAGCAGUCUCUGUGAAUGAUUGCAGAACUGCUAAUGAACUGCUGAAGCAGAUCAGGCAGCACUCUUCACCUCUCGGUGAUGGAUCUCAGAGGUUGGCUCAUUGUUUUGCUAAUGCCCUUGAAGCACGUUUAGCUGGAACUGGUACCCAGAUAUACACGGCUUUGUCUGCUGAAAAAACAUCAGCUGUGGAUAUGUUGAAAGCUUAUCAAGCUUACAUUUCAGCUUGCCCGUUUAAGAAGAUUGCUUUUAUCUUUGCAAACCAUAGUAUUCUGAAUGUGGCUGAGAAGGCAUCUACACUUCAUAUAAUAGAUUUUGGUAUAUUGUAUGGUUUCCAGUGGCCUUCCCUUAUCUAUCGCCUCUCAUGUAGACCUGGUGGUCCUCCCAAACUGCGCAUUACAGGAAUAGAGCUUCCCCAAAGUGGUUUCCGGCCAACAGAGAGAGUUCAAGAGACAGGUCGCCGCUUGGCAAAGUAUUGUGAGCGCUAUAAUGUUCCAUUUGAGUACAAUGCCAUAGCUCAGAAAUGGGAUACCAUCCAAAUUGAUGACCUGAAGAUUGAUCGCAAUGAAGUUCUUGCUGUAAACUGUGGCUUUAGAUUUAAAAAUCUGCUUGAUGAGACAGUUGUAGUUAACAGUCCCCGGAAUGCUGUUCUAAACUUAAUCAGGAAGACAAAACCAGAUAUAUUUGUCCAUGCUAUUGUCAAUGGAUCGUAUAAUGCUCCAUUUUUUGUCACAAGGUUCAGGGAGGCACUGUUCCAUUUCUCUGCUUUGUUUGAUAUGUUAGAUACUAAUAUGCCCCGUGAAGAUAAGAUGAGGUUGAAGUUUGAAAAAGAGUUCUAUGGUCGGGAGGUUAUGAAUGUCAUAGCGUGUGAGGGCUCAGAGAGGGUUGAGAGACCUGAGACAUACAAGCAAUGGCAGGUUCGGAACAUGAGAGCUGGGCUGAAGCAGCUUCCCAUGGACCCUCUUCUCAUCAAGAAAUUGAAGUGUAAGGUGAAGGCUGGGUACCAUGAAGAUUUUGUGGUCGAUGAAGAUGGCAACUGGAUGCUGCAAGGAUGGAAGGGGCGGAUUGUCUAUGCAUCCUCUGCUUGGAUUCCUGCAUAGGAAUGCGGUAGCUUGUUUAUGAGAGCUCACAAAGUUGGCAGAAAAGGGUUUUUCUUAGUUAAAGCAGUCCAUGUCAGCAGAUUCUAGUUACCAUUUAGGUUUUUGCAGCACACCACACCCUACUGUCAGUGAAGCUUCUGUGCUGAUUACGUAGUGAUUUCAUGUUGUCACACAUGAUUUUCUUGUGUAUAGUAAUCCUCACUCAAACCUAAACUGUCGCAAGCAUGCGAGUUUGGUAGCAACUGGUAGCUUUAUCUGAUUGUUCGCUAUUACUUUUAAGUUUUAACUCGAUAGAUGGUGCACUGACACUGUCAUUUAGCCAAAGCUUUGGCUGUUUGAUGUGA